AUGGCAGACACAGAACAGGGAAAUCAAACCUCCCUCACAGAGUUCAUCUUCCUGGGAUUUGAGACUGUCCCCAAACUGGAGAGUCUUCUCUUUCUGGUGUCCUUUGUGAUUUACAUUGUGACCAUGGCUGGGAACAUCCUCAUUGUUGUUCUAGUUGUGACUGAUCAGUACCUUCACACUCCCAUGUACUUCUUCCUGGGGAACUUAUCUUGCUUGGAGAUCUGCUACACCUCAACCAUCCUGUCCAGGACGCUGGCCAGUUUCCUGACAGGGGACAAGACCAUUUCUGUUGGUGGUUGCAUCACACAAUGUUACUUUGUUGGCUUCUUUGCAGGCACCGAGUGUUAUCUCCUGGCAGCGAUAUGCAAACCACUGCAUUAUGCAACCCUUAGGAAUGGCAGUUUCUACCUCCAGCUAGCAGCUGGGUCUUGGAUAAGUGCGUUGCUAGCUAGUUCCAUAGUAACUGGUAUGAUGGUACAAUUAACUUUCUGCGGCCAAAAUGAAAUUGAUCAUUUCUUCUGUGAAUCUAUACAAUUAAUAAAUCUCUACCGCAACAGCAUCUACUAG